AUGAAAGAAGUUGAAGACAAUAAGUCAAAAUCUACUCCAAUCGCAAUGGUCGCACCGGAAUUAAAACAGAAUGCUGAAGCUGAUACUGAAAUUACGAAGACUUGUGCAGUUUUAGGGUGUGAAGAUUCGAAAAAUCUUAGUUCUGAUUCAUUUUUUAGAUUUCCAGAGGAUCCAAACUUGAGACAGAUAUGGACAGACCUUACUGGCAGAAAUAAUUGGACACCCACUGACUUCUCUUACAUAUGUAUACAGCACUUCUCAGUGGAUUGUUUUAAAUGUGAUUUUGAGAAUAAAGUUGUGCUGAAUAGUAAAGCAGUACCUUCAAUAAAAUUGCCAAAUCAUGUGUUGGAGGUAGAGUAUAUUGAUGAAGAAACCUUAGACCAUGAAGAUGAUAUGCAAGAAGAGAAUAGUAAAAUGGAAUUAGUGGAAGAACAAAACCAUAAAGAUAUCAAAAUUAAUGACAGUAAAGUCAAACUUAAACAAAAUGAGAAGAAUGGCACCGAGGGAGACAAAGUUGAGUUAUUAAAGCUAUUCACAGAAGUUCAACGAAUGCAGAGGCAAGCGAUCGGUCUACGAGACAAAUUGAAAUGCAACAUGAGAGUACAUAACAGACAGAACAGAUUUUUAAUACGUUUGAAGAAGGUCAUAGAAAUGAAGAAAAAUAUUUUGACUCAGAAAAGGAAGAAAAAGUCAAAAAUUCUACUUUUACUGCAGGAUAAAAUUAAGGAAGACACCAAUGGACUUGUUUUAGCAAUGCCAACAAAACAUACGGAUGAUUUGAAGAAUUUCGCACUUAGUAUUUACAAGUACUCUCCCCAAGCAUACAUAUAUGUUAGGAAUACCUUACGAACAAUGUUGCCCAGUACGGACGUGCUGGAAUCUUGGAUCAAUUCGGGCUUUGAACCAAAAAAUAUGUUGUCUAAUAGUAAUAUAUUAAAACUUGUUUCCGAACAGACCGAUUCACAGUUGACAUGCAAAGUAUCACUACAUUAG